AUGCGGAACUCUCGACGCACCUCGUUUCCCAAUGAUGUGGCUUUCGACACGCUACCUCCCGUCGUGAUUCGAAAAUAUUUUAGUAGUUUAGAACGUCUCAGACUGGCUGAGGAUGGCAGAAGCCUCUCACGUCCCCCUUCCCAACUCUCAAUUCAUCCCACAAACAAUGCUGGCUUCACCACUCAACCCUCCGACACUCUCACCAUCCUGACCCACGGAAUCUCCCAAACCAGCCAGUUCUUUAGCGGAAAAAGACUGCGAAGGAGGCGCUGCUCGGCAGCAGAUAUCACUCCCACCACGGUCGCGUGGUUCGCUUCCUUGCCCCCUGCCGUCCAGAGGAAGUUAUUCUCGAGAGAAGAGUGCUCGUUCUACUCCCAAGAGAAAGCCACCAUUAUACUCGACUCUGCCGACGAAACACUCCGUCGUCGCAGUUGGCAUCCGAGCCACUCGCCCGCGUUUGAGCGUCGAAUAUCUGAUGACGACGCCACCGUUGUUGACUUCGAAGGAUUCAAAGACGAGUCCCUGGUUGACUCUGCUAUCGAUAUGGGUGACUAUUCACUAGAUGGUUUCCGAUGGCUGGAGGAUGAAGGAGAUCUCGAUCUCAAGCUGGACGACUACCACGCAGCCAUCGCGGAAACAAACCGGCGAACAGUGUCGGUAUCAGCACCAAUCCGGCGGCGCUCACGACGGAAUCCCUCCCUGUCAAGCCUUUCUAUACGCCGUGGCCGGAGCUCGACAUCAUCCUCACGCCCUCCGAUCGAGGUCCCUCCGACGCCAGCCCUGCCUUUUAUCCCACCCCACACCCGCUCCUCCUCGUUCUCUCUCAGGCACCUUCGCUCUCAGGCGUCAAUAUCAUCCAUCGAUCCUCGAGCAACGCAUUACCAAGACCCGGCUGCUCGUAUGAAGCUCAGGCUCUAUCUCGCCUCGCCACAAAAGUUUGAUGAGGCUAUCGAGUUUGGGUUUCCAUCCGUGGAAGAAAGAGAACAGUGGAACCACCUUAGACCGAUGACAAGUCCCCAGCCCAGACCUGAGUUCAAUCGAACUUUCUUCCAUGAUGACACACCGUCGUUAUCGGGAGAUGAUGGGGACGAUGGCGAUGAGCCAGAUACAAUGUUCGACCCCCGAACCCCUGAAGAGCCGGUGUUCCACAUGCACCGUCCAUCCCACAAGAGCAGCAUCGAUGGAGUCAAAGGACUGAGACCGUUUUCAGUUCGAAGACAGCCCGAGACAUAUACCCGUGGCCUGACCGCAGAUCGAGAGAUGACCCUACAUAUGACCUUGACGAGACCAGAUCUUCGCUCACCUGAGGAACAACGAUCACAACUAGACCAUCAAAAGAAGGUCCACCGACCAUCACCUGAGCGACUCGAUGUGCCCGUGGACGGAAAUGCAGUAUCCAUAUGGGAUACACUACCUGCCGAGGAAUCCAAGAUGAAACGAUUUCUCCGAAAACUCAGGCUCAAAUGA